CGUAAAUGGGCGUGUUUCCUCUGUGCGCUCGAGUCCUCUUGAGUUACACAGCUUGGGGAGGAAGGACAUGGAUCCGAGUCUGACAGGGCUGCUCCACUCCUGACGCCACUGGGCCGAUCCUCCUGACGCCUCUUGCGUGGGUGAACCGAACACGGUGGAGAUGGACGACUUCUGGAUUCUGGCCCUCUGGGCCCUGAAGACCUGGUUCUACCUCAUCGUGUGCCUCAUCAUGGUCCCGGCCAUGUUCGGCUUCUCGCUCGGGGUCUCCGAGACCUACAUGACCAUCCUGGUGAAAACCUUGGAGUGGGCCACUCUGAAGAUACAGAAAGUAUACGCAGAGGAGCGGACGCUCAAUGCCUCCUCGUCUAGCAGUCUCAUCGAGCGGGAAGAUGGCUCCAUGGAGGAAGAGUUGGAGGAACUCCGGCGCAGUCGGCCCAAACCGCCAGUGGGCGGUGAUUUCACACUCAGCGACUCUUUCUAUUUCACCCGCCGAGGAAUUGAGAGCAUUGUGGAGGACGAGGUGACGCAGCGGUUCAGCUCCGAGGAGCUGGUGUCGUGGAACCUGCUGACUCGCACCAACGUGGACUUCCAGUACAUCAGCCUGAGGCUCACGCUGCUGUACGGCCUCGGCAUCGUGGUGAGGUACUGCAUCCUCGCCCCGCUCAGGAUAACUCUGGCCUGCAUUGGUCUCAGCUGGUUGGUCAUAGGAACAUCUGCAGUCGGACUACUCCCGAACUGGAGGAUGAAGUUCUGGCUCAGCGAAUGGGUCCACGUGAUGUGCUACCGGAUCUGCGCUCGAGGGCUCUCUGCCACCAUCCACUAUCACAACAGGGAAAACAAACCCCAGAAGGGAAGCAUCUGUGUCGCCAACCACACCAGUCCCAUCGACAUCGUGAUUCUCUGCAACGACGGGUGUUACGCGAUGGUGGGGCAGGUGCACGGAGGUUUGAUGGGAAUCCUCCAGAGGGCCAUGGUGAGGUCCUGCCCCCACGUCUGGUUCGAGAGAGCAGAGAUGAAAGAUCGCCACCUAGUGACCAAAAGGUUGAGGGAUCAUGUGAAAGACAAGACAAAGCUCCCCAUCUUGAUAUUUCCAGAGGGAACCUGUGUCAACAACACGUCCGUCAUGAUGUUCAAAAAGGGGAGUUUUGAAAUCGGAGCGACGAUAUAUCCGGUGGCCAUCAAGUACGACCCAAAGUUCGGAGACGCUUUCUGGAACAGUUCCAAGUACAGCAUGGUCAGUUACCUGCUGAGGAUGAUGACCAGCUGGGCCCUGGUCCUCAACGUCUGGUACCUGCCGGCCAUGCACCAACAGACCGGGGAAGAUGCGGUCCAGUUUGCCAACAGGGUGAAGUCGGCUAUCGCUCACAAGGGAGGACUGUUGGAUCUACAAUGGGACGGAGGCCUGAAGAGGGGGAAGGUGAAGGAGUCGUUUAAAGAGGAGCAGCAGAAGCAGUACAGCAGCAUGGUGGUGGGAAACGACAGCGGCAGCAGUGACUGAGAUGGACCCCCGCCCCAUGGAGGACACACGACCCCCACCCACCCCCACAUUCUGGUUAUGUUUUCGCUCGCUGGGCCUGAUGCCGCCAAGUGGACUUUUAAACCCACUGUGAAACCUCAGGUACAACCAAAAGAAGGGAGGGGGGGGGGGGGAAGAGUCAGCAAUCACAGAAAAGUGCAAUAUUGAACUUCACGAAGAGCUGAUCGUGAAAAAAAGCGGUGGUGGGGGGGGGGGGGGUGGCACAAUCCUUGUUAAUACUGCUGAAGAAACCUGCGACUGCGGGAUGAGCCACUCAGAGAAAACUGGAUUUGUGAACGCCUCACGGGGCCGGCCGACUUCAUUCGUGUGCAGUUGAUUUUUGUUUACAACUUCUAGUGUGGGACCUGGACGGAUUUUGCCGUUGUGCAUUUUUUUUCCUUCUCCGCAUGACAUUAUUUAAUGCAGAAUCUGGAUUUUAGCAUUCAAAUAUUGUUUCUUUUAACGUCUUUAGCUCUUGCAGUGUUGUACUGCAACACAUUUAACACUGGUGAGCACCCGCAUGACACGGUCUGAACAAUCUUUUGUUGUUGAGCUUAACACUGAUAUAGACAUAAUACACUUCUUUUUUUCUGGUUCUUCAAAAAGGAAACUCCUUGCACUUUUUUCCGCCCUCCUCCACACAUAACUGUUAACACGACAUGGACACAUGAGACACGAGGGUUUGGCGCUUAAAUAAUACACGAGAACAUCGAGUGUGCACGAUAGUUCAUUAAACGUCCACUGGAGGCGCGGCGGCCUCAAAGGAGAACGCACAGCCUGGACUUUUUGGAUUUCUCUCCACUGUCUGCUGCUCCUGGAGUGGGAUCCUCCCUGUUGGCGUCUUCCUGCGGACUCUGCUCUUUGACUCCUGAAAGCAAAUUUAAAGAUGGAUUUAAAACCCGGCCCAACCCCCCCCAAAAAAAAUAUGGGCACAAAGUAAUUGUCAGCAUCCUCACCCUCACUCUCCUCAUCUCCCGGCUCCGUCUUGUCCUGGAUGCCCUGCGACUAGAAGUCAAACAAACGCCACUUCGAUCACACAAGCAACAUCACGGCCCUCUGAACCCGACGUGAUGGCGGUACUCACCGGCAACAAGUUGCUUUUGUUUUUCUUUCUCUCUUGGAGUUCCUGAUAUCUGCAACCAUGACAGUACAUUUACGUGUGAGUCAAGAAAACUAAUUUCUAAGCGUCUUGAGCAAACCAGCCGGGAGAAAACAAAAAGAUGUCAUGAAGGAAUAUUUCUGAGCCUGAUUAUUGCCUCUGGUGCAUCUGUACGUGUAUCAAGUUGCUGUCCGUCCGGGUCGUCGGUGUUUUAUUGAACACUCUUUGCAAUAAAAGUCCAACAAAGCUG